GCCGGCUACUGGCCGCACCGUGCCGGGGCCCCGGGGCCCCGGGCCGCCAAUGCCAGCUCACCCCCUGUUAGUGAGCUGCGACGCGAGGGUCGCGGCGCGGGCCGGGGUCAUGGCCCGCACGAGCGGCUGCGGCUGCUUGGGCCAGUGAUCAUGGGCGUCGGCUUGUUUGUAUUCAUCUGUGCCAACACGCUUCUCUAUGAGAACCGAGACUUGGAGACGCGACGACUCCGCCAGGGGGUGCUACGGGACCAGGCCCUCCGGCCCCCCGACGGCCCCAGCUGGGACUGCGCUCUCCUUCCCAGCCCUGGCCCAAGGACUCCCCUAGCCAUAGGCUGCGCGGAGCCAGAAAGUUGGGACCUGUCCCCGCGUCCCGUCCCGGGUACCUCACCCGUCCCGUCAGUGCGGAGUCUGCGUUCAGAGCCUGCUAAUCCUCGCCUCGGGUUACCUGCCCUCCUCAACAGUUACCCGCUGAAGGGUCCAGGGCUGGCCCCUCCCUGGGCUCCACGAACCCAGACUGGCCACGUGAUCAUCACAGUGCAGCCCUCUGGCUCCUGCAUUGAACAUUCCAAGUCUCUGGAUCUGGGCCUUGGGGAGCUUCUCCUUGGGACCCCAGCUGCUCGUGACUGUGCUCACAGAAGCUGGCCACGGCUGGACCGUCUCAGUCUGGGGGGGUAUGCCAAAUUGGGAGGAGAGAAUUUGGGGGCCCGGGUCUGAGGAGUAGGGGGGACAACCCGCUAUGAGGCUGCAGCAUGGACCAUGAUAACAGGACCAGAGACCAUAGCUGCUUCAGGCACAUCUCAGGUUGGGAUGGACCUCCGACCACAGCAGCUGUUAAGGCAUCCUACCUGUGUGUGGUAGCUGCAUAAGGCUUGGUGAGCCAGCAGGAGUGGUUUAAAGUGGAGUGUGGAGACCAGCAUGCCUCGGCCUCAGGAAUUUCUUCAGCCUCCAUAUGUGGCCUUAGCCCUGGACAGGUACCUGAGGGGACUGGAGGUCCAGGCCAAAGGUGAUGGGGAGAUGCACCCAGUGUCUUAACAAACCCAAAGUGGUGGGCAAGGACCUCUAAGACUUGGAAGGUAGGUUGGGAUGUUGCAGGCUGGGACAGACAGGCCUUCUCCAGAGUAGGGCUAGAGCUUGGGCUUCUGGGAAGAUGGGCAAUGGGAGGGUGCUGAGACCCUCCACUGCCAUCUGGGAUGGGGACUGAACCUUUAGCUCCCAUCACCUCAAACCCUUUCUUUCUUUAGCCAUGCAGGGUAUAUCCCACUAGGGCUAACUACUGCCAAUGUCUUCAUACUGAGGUCUGACCACUCCCCAGAGAGGUCUGAGAAGCCCUCCUCUUUUUAUUUCUUAUUUUUUUUUUUUAUUGUGGCCUAUGCCGCAGUCUCCCUUCAGCUGGCAAAAAGCAUUUGCCAGUUCUCAGAAACCCCUUUGUACAACACUGAAGCUGCAUUUGGGCCAAUGUGGGGAGCUUACUUUAGAAAAUGUUUUCAGGUUAGGUCUCCCCCAUCCAGCUUUCAUUUUCCCCAAGUUACUGAUAGAAGAGAAAUACAAAAGCAGAUCAAUCCUUAGAGUCAGUGGGCUUUUUUUUUUUUUUAAGUUUAUUGAAAAAUGCAGUACAAGAAGCAAGACCAAAUACAUAUCUAAACACUACAACCACUUCUCUUACUACAAAAGGCCAAAACAGCAGACCUAAUUAUUGCCUAUUUAAUCUAGGGAUUUUGCCAAUUUGAUUCUGCUGCCAUGGUUCCUAUUUUGUCAAGAAAUGUAAACAACUACUUGAUAUGAUUCAUAAUUUUUUAAAAAAAUUUACAAAGCUCCUUCAUUUUUGUCACCAAAAUAAUACAUUUGAGAGAGAUUUGUAAAAACAACUAGCCUGGGGCUGAGCUCCUGGGAAGAGGUUUCCCAUGAGCAUCAAGGGGUGUUGGUCAAGCCAUAGCUCUGGCUCCAUUUCCCAAGGUAGAUGGUGGACUCCUCACCCCUGGCUGCUCAAGGUUCCCCCAGAAUAUAGUGAUGGCCCCAGUGGGGGCGGGGAAUGAUGUCCCCUGGGCCCUUGGUUGUGAGUGCAGACCUUGCUUUGUGGGUAGGUGGCAGAGCUCUCCUGUGGUUUGAAGGAAAUCUUUAGUUCUGAAGUAAAAAUAAAAUGGCAGUGAGAGUUGU